AUGGCGGUGCUCACAGCGGCAGCAGUGUCGACGGCCAUCAAGGCGGCCGUGGCGCUGAUAGGCGCGGGAAAAAUCGCCGUGUUGCCGUUUCUGAUCGCGACGUUGGCCUACUUCCACUACGACCAGUUCGAUCCGGAGAACAGGCCGUUGGAUAGGCAACCGGAAGCGCAGUACGAUUUCGUCAUCAUCGGCGGAGGUUCCGCAGGGUCCGUGAUGGCCAACAGACUGAGCGAGGUCGAGGGGUGGAGGGUUCUGCUGCUGGAGGCGGGGGGACACGAGACCGAGAUCACUGAUGUCCCCAUUUUGAGCUUGUACCUGCACAAGAGCAAGGUCGAUUGGGGAUACAAAACCGAGCCUCAAGAUACCGCAUGUCAAGCUAUGAUAGAAAACAGAUGCAGUUGGACGCGUGGAAAAGUUUUGGGAGGUUCAAGCGUAUUGAACACGAUGUUGUACAUUAGGGGAAAUAAAAGAGACUACGACAGGUGGGCCUCAUUCGGCAACUAUGGAUGGUCCUAUGAUGAGGUGUUGCCGUACUUCAAGAAGAGUCAGGAUCAAAGAAACCCCUACCUGGCUAGAGAUACCAAGUACCAUGCGACAGGUGGCUACCAAACGGUCCAAGACAACCCGUACAACACGCCGCUGGGCGUCGCAUUUUUGGAAGCGGGCCAGGAAAUGGGCUACGACAUACGCGACGUGAACGGCGAAAAGCAAACCGGCUUCGGGUUGUUCCAGUUCACGAUUCGCAGAGGCGCGCGUUGCAGCACGGCCAAGUCAUUCUUGAGACCCGUCAGGCUGAGGAAAAACCUGCACAUCUCCUUGUUCACGCACGUCACUAGAGUGCUGAUAGACGGCAAGACCAAGCGCGCGUACGGCGUGGAGUACAUCAAAAACGGCAAAAAACAGGUCGUGUUGGCCAAGAAGGAGGUGAUCUUAUCGGCCGGUGCCAUAAACAGUCCGCAUCUGUUGAUGUUGAGUGGGGUUGGGCCUGCGGAACAUCUGCAAGAGAAAGGCGUUCAAGUCAUACACGACUCUCCCGGUGUAGGAGAGAAUCUGCAGGACCACAUUGCCGUAGGGGGCGUUACUUUCCUUAUUGAUCACCCUAUAAGUCUUGUUAUAAACCGUUUGGUAAAUUUGAACACGGCUCUGAGGUACGCGUUGAAGGAAGACGGUCCUCUAACGUCGAGCAUAGGUUUGGAAGCUGUAGGUUUUAUCUCCACCAAAUAUGCAAAUCAAACCGACGAUUGGCCCGACAUGGAGUUCAUGCUGACCUCCACCUCCACCGCUGCAGAUGGAGGUACGCAAGUCAAGCACGCUCACGGUCUCACAGACGAGUUCUACAACGAAGUGUUCAGCAGCAUAAAUUACAAAGACACCAUCGGCAUAUUCCCGAUGAUGUUGCGCCCGAAAAGCAGGGGGAACAUCAAGUUGAGGAGCAAAAACCCGUUGGAGUACCCUCUAUUGUACCACAACUACCUCACGCACCCUCACGACGUGAACGUGCUACGCGAAGGCGUCAAGGCUUCCGUAGCCUACGGGCAGACGGAGGCCCUGAAACGUUUUGGCUCGAGAUUCCACAACGUACCGGUGCCCAAAUGCAAACACCUCCCACUGUACACGGACGAGUAUUGGAACUGCUUUAUUCGCCAAUACACCCUUUCGAUUUACCAUUAUUCUUGCACCGCCAAAAUGGGUCUCUCGGACGAUCCCUACGCGGUCGUAGACCCCGAACUGAGAGUCUACGGUGUUUCAGGGCUACGCGUCGUAGAUGCCUCGAUAAUGCCGACCAUCCCCAACGGCAAUAUCAACGCCCCUGUCAUAAUGAUAGGGGAGAAGGCGGCAGACUUGGUCAAAAGUUACUGGCUGAACCCUUCGGUUGGUGCUAGGCGCAAAAGAGAAGUACUCUACAAUGCCAAAGUGGUGGAUAUAGGCAACUCCUCCAAAGUGUACCAGUAG